AUUAUCUUAGUUCAUGGUUCACCCGACACAAUUAUUACUGAUCAAGGAACACAUUUCAAGAACGAACUCUUACAAGCUAUUUCACAUUUAGUUGGUUGUAAACAGAUUUUUUCGACACCAUAUCAUCCACAAACAAAUGGACAAACGGAACGAUGGAACUCGACAUUCGUAACACAAAUCGCCAAAUAUUGUAAUACUGAUCUAAACAAUUGGGACACAUUUUUACCAUCUAUCGUUUAUGCUUACAAUAAUGGUAUACAUAGCUCAACUGGACUUAGUCCAUAUCAACUAGCAUUCGGACGACGACCACGUCAUCCAUUUAAUCCUCAUGCAACUACCUUCGUUUUCAACAAACCACAUGAUUAUUGGACGCAAGUGAUGCAAUACAGAAAUACAGCUUUAAAACAAGCAAAACAACAUAUAAUACAUCAACAAGAACUAUCAAAAACUCGUUUUGAUAAAAAUCGAUCGCAUCCGAAUUUCGUUCUAGGUGACCUUGUGUGAAUGAAAGUUUUUGUUGAACGACACAAACUUAAAGCUCGAUACAUUGGUCCGGUUCGAAUUCUCUCACCCCUAUCAUUCAUAGUUGAAGAUGAACAUUUACAACAAUUUCAAGUGGAUUCAAACAAUAUCAGACGUGUAUAUUCUCGUGAAUCAUUCCAGACGUGAUACAAUUUUUCAAACGAAAUUCAUCUACUGACAUCAAAUACUCACACGAUUUAUUUAGUAUUAAUAUCUUUUUAUCUUGUUUAUUUCAACUUUUCUUAACUUUCAUCUCAACAACGCCUCAGCUAUCUUCUUCUUCUUGAAAAUUUUGUUUCUCAAAUACUUCUCUUACAGCUCGCUGUUACAUUACAUCUACCACUCACUCCGAUCGUAUCAUGAACAUUUUUACUCCUAAUUAGUACCUAACAUUUAUUUUCUCCCCUUGUAUUUCACUUCCUUUCUCAUCAGCUUUUAUAUUUGUCCUCUUCUCGCACACUGUUUCGCGUUCAACAUAUGAAUUAUCUAAUUUUUUUGGUUUUAUUUUUGCUAUAUUCAUUUCGGAUUUUUUCUUUUCAUGGUGUUCGAAUUGUUUCAAUAUCGUUUCUUAUCUUUUACUUUGUAGAUUUUUGGAGGGGGAAAGUGUUAUCUCAGUAGAGACAUCUCCUGACAUAAGACGGCCAUCUUUAUUCCUCUAUCAUAGUUAGGAGAUUGUCAGGAUCGCCAUCUAUGAUAGAUGGACGAUCCUUAACCUUUGUUCUUCUUUCCUCCACAUAUAUAUAUAUAGAUAUAUGUUUUUGUUUACUUGUAAGAGGGAGAGAGAGGGUGAUAUUGUAAAAAAGGGUGAUAAGUGUAAAAACAGACUUAGGUACUUGUUCUUCUUUGCUAUACAUUAAAUAAAAGUACAAGAAACCUAACAGAGAUGGAAACAACCGGUGGAAGAGGAGAGAAAGAGAGAAAGAACAUUCUUUGCUGC